AAUUAUUGUCAAAACACAUAUGCGAAACGAAUCCUUAGAUCCGGCAAUUCUGUUUGGCCAACUUCGGCCAGUACUUUACAGCAUGCCAUUGCCAGUUUGCCACUCCCUAGAACUUUACAUCGAGAGGAUAUUUACUUGACUGGCGACACGCAUUUUUGGUGAAUCGGUUUCAUUAUUGCAUGAUUGAAUCACAAUUCCAAUUGGGUAGAAAGUAUAUACUUUUGAGUCAAAGUCUUUGUUUAACAUUUUUGAAUUUGAUAUAUGCAUACUGUUGAUUAUUAUUACCAACUUUAUUACAUCCUCAGCAACCCAUCAUAAUUACCACUGAAGAACUAGCUGCUCUCACAAAAAUCCAUGGAAGUGGUUCACUCCCAUAAGACUCUUUUCCAACUCUGCCUUCUCUUAACUCUCCACUUCUCUUCGCUUCUGCUUCUCUCAUCAGCUUACACUGUUCCUGACAAGUACUUCAUCAACUGUGGAGCAAGCUCCAACACCACCGUCAACGGUCAGGUCUUUGUUGCCGACAGCAAUUCCCUUUCUUUCUCAACUGGGAAAAGCGAAGAAGUCAGAAACACAUCAGCAUCGAUUAAUCCAGAACUCUAUCAAACAGCAAGAGUUUACAGACAGCCGUGUUCGUAUAGCUUUGAAAUCGACCAGAAUGGUACGUACAUAGUACGGCUCCAUUUCUUUGCUUACUUGUCACGUGCUAAUCUAUAUGAUGCAUCGUUCAAUGUUUCGGCUUCUGGGUUUUCACUUUUAACCAAUUUCAGCGUCCGAAACAGUAGUAGUUUUCCAGUGAUUAAGGAGUACUUGCUCACCAUUCCACAGGGAAAGUUUAGAAUCCAAUUCAUACCUUCUCAAGACUCAUCUUUGGCUUUCGUAAACGCCAUAGAAGUCUUUCUUGCCAACGAGACCCGCAUCAUUGAUUAUGCCCCUCACGUUAGUUCUGCUCGAAAUGUUAGUAACUACACUGGUUUGCUCUCUCAGGCUCUGCACACAAUCCAUAGGAUCAACUUUGGAGGUUCCCAAAUUGAUUACGAUGAAUUGUGGAGGAAAUGGGUAGCAGAUGAUAGUUACUUAAGACUCCACAGCGAUUCUGCGGAGAACAGCACGCAUUAUAGUCAAACGCCUAAUUACAACCCUGCACUGGCCACAAAGUAUACCGCCCCAGAUCUUGUCUACCAGACAGCCAAACAAUUGAAGACAGACUGCGAUAGCUGCAACGCCAGUCUCCUAAAUUUAACUUGGCGUUUUCCUGUCAGUAAGAAUACUAGACACUUUGUUCGGGUCCAUUUCUGUGACAUAGUAACCAAAACACUCAAUGACAUAUUGUUCAAUCUCUAUAUAUAUAGCAACUUUGAUAAGGUGAUUGAUCCAUAUAAUAUAACUGAAGACUUAGCUACUCCGUUUUUCAUCGAUUAUGUGGUUGAUUCAGAUGAUUCUGGAUUUACGAAUUUUAGUAUAAGCCCUUCAGAGCAUGACUCUCGCAUUCUUAAUGCAUUUUUGAAUGGGCUGGAGAUUAUGGAGUUCAUGAAGACAUCAGGUCCCAUACUGGCGGAAUGUGAACCAGUUACAAACAAGAAACACUCCCCUGUUAUAAUGAUCAUUGGUUCUGUAUGUAGUGGGGCAUUUGUAAUUUUGAUGACAGUUGUGGCGCUGCGUUUGAAAUGCAGGAAAUCAUCAGUGCCUGAUCAAAGUUUGACAGCGCUUCUUUUUGGAGGGAUAAGUUUAAACAAGUUGACUGAUGGAAGUGCUAAUUCAUCCCUACCUUCGAAUCUGAACCUUAGUUGGAGGAUAUCUUUAGGUGAAAUACAGUCUGCAACCAAGAACUUCAAUGCAAAAUUUUUGAUUGGUGAAGGUGGAUUUGGCAAAGUCUACGAAGGAACUCUUCGGGAUGGUACGAAAGUGGCAGUAAAACGAAGUGAAGCAAGGCAUGGGCAGGGUAUUGAGGAAUUCCAAACGGAGAUCAUUGUGUUAUCUCAAAUCAGGCAUCGCCAUCUUGUUUCUUUGAUUGGAUACUGCGAUGAAAAGUCUGAGAUGAUACUGGUUUAUGAAUUUAUGGAAAAGGGGACUCUAAGAGAACACCUCUAUCAUUCAAAUGACAAUUCUGAGACCAUAUCUUCACCAUCUGAAUUAUCUUGGAAGCAAAGACUUGAAAUUUGCAUUGGCGCUGCCACGGGCCUACGUUACCUACACACUGGUCCGGCUGGAGGAAUCAUUCACCGUGAUGUGAAGUCCACAAACAUUUUGCUUGAUGAAAAUUUUGUGGCUAAGGUUGCUGACUUUGGCCUUUCAAAGUCGGGCGUUCCCGAUCCAGAACAUUUGACAAUGGCUGUAAAGGGUAGCUUUGGUUAUCUUGAUCCUGAAUACCUUACCACCCUACAGCUGACAGAAAAAUCUGAUGUGUACUCUUUUGGUGUCGUACUUCUUGAAAUUCUUUGUGCUAGACCGGCUAUUAACAACUUGCUUCCAUUGGAGGAGAUGAACCUAGCUGAAUGGGGGAUGCUGUGGCGAAGGAAAGGCCAACUUGAGAAAAUUAUCGAUCCAGUGCUAGUUGGUAAAAUCAAGCCUAGUUCAUUGCGAAAGUUUGGUGAAACAGCUGAGAAGUGUUUGAAGACAAAUAGUGCUGAGAGGCCUAAAAUGCAUGAAGUGCUAUAUGACUUGCAAUAUGCACUGAUGCUUCAAGAAACUGCAAUGCACGCAGACCCAGGUGAAGACAGCACAAUAAACACUUCAUUGCAGUUGCAGAUACCUCUUGCUUGGCAAUUGCCUUCUGAUGGAAUGCUAAAGGGGGAAGAUGAUCAUACACCCAUUGGAGGGGAUGAUGAUUCUGAUAUAUCAGCUAGUGAAAGUCAAAACCGAAUUGAGGAUUGAUGGUGCUAGCCAGUCUUCACUGGUUUGAGGUACAGUAGCUUUAUUUCGUUUAUGUGGCUUCCUGUGAUCCUGUCACCAUUAAACUGUAAAAUGCUAAAGGCUGUCUGUAAAAACUGUUGCACACCUGCUAUGGCUUUUUUAUUUAAUCAAGAAUUAUUGUAUUA